AUGAUCUAUCGCGAAACAUACACUAUUUUUGAUCAAUCUAACCAAUUCGAAUAUUGUGCGACCUUCGCUCAAAAGGAUUCGUUGAACGCCCUGGUAUUGGUAGAUCAGGUCGCCCAAUUCGUGUCCGGGCAAAUUUCUUUCGAAACCACUUCUCUCCCGAAAGACAAAGUUCAUCACUACCAUGCUACUAUAACCCCCUAUACAUCACUGAGGUUAAAUCAAAGAAUAUUUAAGAAAUUCGAGGAAGAAAAUGCUAAUAUCUUGGAUAACAUUAAACUAGCAUUUGAUGGUCGUAAAAAUAUAUAUUCUCCUAAGGAGCUUCCCUUCGGAGAUUCGGCGAUAUUUCACGUUUUUUUAACUGAAAAUGAUUUUACGACGUCUGAACGUCCUCCGAGUUCUUUCAAAUUUAAAAUAGAGAAAGUAUCAGAAAUAAGCAUGAAAGAACUUAAUCUCUGUUUACAAAGAAAAUCCGAGCUUAGUAAAAACAUUAUGACUGCAAUAAACUCAUUAGAUGUCCUUAGUCGUCAUGGAUCAUCAAUGAAUCCAAAUUUUAUUUCCAUUGGUCGCAUUUUUUACACAUCUGAAAAUGCAGAGGCAAUAUUUGGUGGAGUCGAAGUAUGGCAAGGAUACUAUCAAUCAGUUCGCGCUACCGAUGGUGAUAUUCUGUCAUCAUUCAUAUUAAGAAUCCACAAUGUUUAA